AUGGGCAGCAGUGUCUUGCUGCCGCGUCCCACUGACAAUGUGAUGUAUGCAUGGUGCCGUCUGCUGCUGGAGGGCGAUCCGGGAGCCCUGAAGCACGGCGCGGUGCUGGAGCAGUACAGGGCGAAGGCGGAGCACUACCUGUGCGCGUGCCUGGGCCGGAACGGCGGCAACGGCAGCGACAACGUGGAGCGGAGCCCCGGCGGGAUGCUGUACGUGCGCCAGUGGAACAACCUCCAGUACGUCUCCAGCGCCGCCUUCCUCCUCACCGCCUACUCCCGCUACCUCUCCGACUCCGACCGCCUCCUCCGCUGCCCCACGGGAGGCGCCCCCGCCGCUCCGUCCGACCUGCUGGCGCUGGCGCGCUCCCAGGCGGACUACAUCCUGGGCCGCAACCCGCUGCGGCUCAGCUACAUGGUCGGUUACGGCCGCCGGUACCCUGUCCGCGUGCACCACCGCGGCGCCUCCAUCGUCGCGCACAAGGCCAACAGCCGCUUCAUCGGCUGCAUGCAGGGCUUCGACGACUGGUUCGGCCGGGGCCGGCCCAACCCCAACGUGCUCGCCGGCGCCAUCGUCGGCGGGCCCAACUGCAGGGACGAGUUCCAGGACGACCGCGGGAACUACAUGCAGACCGAGGCAUGCACCUACAACACCGCGCCCAUGGUCGGUGUCUUCGCCAGGCUGCACCGCCUGGCGACGGAGGAAGGGGGCCGCCGGAGAGGGACGGCCGAUGAGGCGGAGGUUAGAUAA